AGCCGUAGCCCACGAUCGAGAGGUCCCUGCGAGCCGUGGUCGAGUCGUAGUGGGAGUAGCAGCCCAGACGAGGAUUCGAGAGCGGAGGGAUGGCUAAUAAACCUAAACCUCCGAAGAGAUAUAAAAUUGUCACUGUGGGCGAUGGCUGUUGUGGCAAAACGUGCCUCCAAAUGCGUUAUGCGCUCAACGAUUUUCCCGACUUCGUUUACUGUCCCACGGUGUUCGGUGCGCAGGAAACCAGUAUCGACGUAGGGGGAAAAACUCAUGACAUGGUUCUCUGGGAUACCGCCGGUCAGGAAGACUACGCUCGCUUGCGAUCCCUUUCCUACCACAACACCGACGUGGUUAUAAUUUGUUUCUCGGUUGAGUCGCAGGUCUCGCUACUCAAUGUCAGGGAGAAAUGGCUGCCCGAGGUUCGGCAUUACCUGCCCUACGUUCCCAUAGUUCUCGUAGCAAACAAAAUCGAUUUGCGCAAGGAUCGGAAAACCAUUGAAGAACUGAUGGCUCAGAACAGAACCCCGGUCACAAGUCACGAUGGAGCCGCGAUGGCAAGAAAAAUUCGAGCGCACGUCUACCGGGAAUGCUCAGCGCUCAAAGGAAUGGGAGUCAAAGAGGUUUUCGAAGCAGCAGUCAGAGCGGCCUUGGAAGCGCCCCCUCCACCGAAACGAUCGAUUUGUAAAUUACUAUGACGCCUACAUCUUUUUUUUGUAUAUAAAAUGGCGAACACCAUUCAUGCAGCCGGGUGAAUUUAGAGUGAGUCGAAAGAGGUUACGACUUUGUCAACUUUCCCUUUGCGACAGCAUUCGAUGGACAGCGGUGGGAGGAAAUGUCUUGGAGCGAGCGAGUUCGACGGGGAUGUUCGGGGAAUGAAAUGAAAAAAGGGAAUCUGGCUGAUUUCGAAUGCUGUCGAACCAACUUGCCCCGGGAGAG